GUCGCGAGGUAAACUUGACUUUUAACACGGAAGUACUCCAUACGAAUCGAGACAAAGAUAUUGCUUAUCUGAUCGAAAAUAUGCUAUCCUAGAGAUGUGUUUAGUAAAACUAUGGUAAUCUGUGUUGAUAGAACAUGGAAGCGUGACAAUACAAGUGCAGAAGAGUCUGAUAUAUUGAGAGAUAUGAGAUUUACAAGAUGACAGCAGUGAUAGAAGGUGAUGAAUAUGUUGCCAUCAAGUCUGUGCACGCUGUCCCAAGUUCGGGCAAUGGCGCAGAUCCGUUCCUGCCCAUUAUCAAAGGCGAGAUGGUCACCGUAGUAUCCCAUGUAGACAAUCACCGCCUGUUAGUUGAAAAUAGAUACAAUAUACAAGGUCUAGUCUACCGCCAUCAUGUACAUCCAGCGGACAUAUAUGCUCGGGAAGAUUUCUUCUUGUACGACUUUACGUCAAAAAUGGCCGAGCGGAUUCUAUCGGGCAGGGAAUUUGGGACGUUCCUACUUCGUUAUAAUUCAAGAGAUUCAGAAAAGAUUGUCCUCAGUGCCAAGUUUGACAGUAUUGUACAUUACAGUUUUACAAAGAAAGGCGGGGGAAUAGAGUAUAAUGAUAAGACAUACCUAUCUAUACCAAGUUUCAUUAACAAAUGUAGUAAUAAGAAAAUGCAUGGACUUGCUGGGAAGCUAGGGAAAUGGUUGAAACAAUCAGAUUUGAAUUUGCCAAAUAUUACCACAGGGAAUGUAGUUACUCUUCAGUCAAUACAGAUGAGAAUAGUGGCGGGUACGGUAGCUGUCGCUAUAGAGGAUUUCCCAUCAUUCAAUGUGUUGUGCCUACAGGUUGUUAGGAAGAAAUUGUACACAGUAUUACGUGCAUGCAGGAACCCAGACUGGUUUAUAGCUAGGGACGAAAAUGAUAAUGAAGGGUACGUACCUGGGUAUGUGUUGGACUGUUAUAUACCUCAAUGGUUUCACGGUUGUCUAGAGAGAGAAGAGACAGAGAGAUUAUUAAACAAGACAUGUCGUGAUGGAACAUUCCUAGUGAGGGAGCGACUCACAAAACUCGGAACAUAUGCCUUGUCAGUAUGGUGCCCUGAUCAAGUUGUACAUGUUCCUUUAGUGUUUGAACAUGGUCAGUUCACAACUGGUGCAGACCCCCAAUUGCCAAAAUUUAGUUGUUUGUUGGACUUAGUCGAUCACUACAAACAAGAGACGCGAUUUUGGACGGCCAAGGAUGAAUGUGUGCGAAUUUUGUUCCCGUUAUCUCGGCAAGAGACCUCGCUGCCAGAAGAGAUACAGAAAAUGGAUCUGGAAUCUAUUGAAAUGUACUUCAAGGCUCUGAAAGAGGGCAAAGAACAUGUUCGAGACAUUAGGUUAAUGGUAAUAGGUCACCAUGGUGCGGGCAAAACUACGUUGACUGAGAGACUGAUGGGUAAACCGUUCACACAGGUGGGCAGUACCAACGGUAUUGAGAUACAUGUACGACAGUGUCAGUUCAAUGUAAAAACCGGAGCUUGGACCAAACAGAGAGUUGGCUCCGCCUUCUUUGAUGAUGAUGAGGCUCAUAAAAUGAGGUUGUUGCGUCUGCUAGAAUCACCCGGUUCUGACGAAGAAAGCUCUUCGGUUAUAGAAGAUUUCCGACGAAUGGGUUCUCCAAUUGAUCCCCUAAUGCACAGGAAUAGCUCCGCAGAUAUAGGUCAUCACAAGGGAAGUAAAUCUGACCUGUCCAAAACUAGUUCACCAGAUCUCUCUUCGGGAAGAAAGAAUGGUAUUCUCGCCUUAGGUAGUCAAAGCUCCCUGGCAUCGUUAAAGAAUCUUGAUUCACCAUCGUCUAAAGAUGUUACAUUUUCUCUUGAAGAAUCUCCGACUACUAACGGAGAAACAAAAUAUGACUGUAUGAAAACAUCUAUAAAUGCUACAGAUUUAAAUUUGACUUUUCGGGGUUACAAAUCUUUGAGCAAGAUGAGAAGCAGUACAAAGAUUAUUUCUAUAGAUGAUGUUCUAAGAGGCAAUGACCAAAAUGAAGUCAAGAUAACCGAUAUAGAAGAGAUUCUACUCUUUCUCAGGUACCAGCAUGCAGUCGGUCAUCUAAUAUACUCAGAAGAUGAUGAACUGUCAGGCAGUAUCGUCCUUGAUCCCCAGUGGAUCAUCGAUGCCUUUAAAUCACUCAUUACUGCAGAAAGAUUUGUCAAACUCCAUUCAUCGCUUCGUCCGUUGUGGACUCAAUUGCAGGAAAAGGCGAUGUUGAAAGACGAGCUGAUCGACGGCAUUUGGCAAGUUGUGAAAGAUGGAGCUUUUAUGAAAGACAGGGAUAUACUAUUGACAUACAUGGAGAAAUUGGACAUCAUUGCCAGACCAAAAAUAGUGCCAGAGGACGGAAGUGUGAUUAAAGAAAUUUGUACAUUCCCCUUGAUGGAACUAUUGCCGUUCCCCAACAGAAAAACACCUUUCUCAUUUUGGGUAUUGAAUGUGAAAGCGGGAAUCUGA